AAUUAUAAAUACCUGUGGAAUUGCUGGGUUAAUAAAACGACUUCCGGGAACGUUUUUUUUUUACGGUGCUGAUCAUACAGCGACAGAGACUUUUGCUGUGGAGGCUAUGAAUAAAUAUCUGAAGUUUACCUCAAGAUUAUGAAGUUUACAAACCAGAAGCAUGCCUUUGUCACCUGCUGUCAUCCAGCAACUGCGUUAACCUCUUAAACGCCAGCUUUGUUACUGAGCACAAUUCUUGCCUUACUGCUACCAUUCCACUGAACCAGCAACCCCACUACCUGCUCAACACUUGACAAGGUGCUUUCAUUAGCUUCUUCCUCAGCUCCACCAGCUCUCUCAGUCCAGAUGAUGCGGACAGACAGCAAAGGCCGAAGUGCCUCCCCUCACAGGAUAACCUAUAAGUCUGACUUCCAUGCCAUCAAAUGUUCUUUUGAUACUGGGACCAAUCUACAACCAGGGGCCAAUGCUACUGCUGCCCGGUGCUCUGCGGUGCCCCCAAACGCACUGCCAUCCAGCCUGCCAGAUCCCAUAAUGUCCCACACCAGCACUACUGGCAGUGCAGGCAGCAGAGGCAGGGUCCACAACACCAGAGGAUCCAAGAUAAGAGACAACAUCUUUCUCCAAAUGGACAGCCAGCAGCUGAGACAAGACAGUGGUCCAGGGCUGAGUUCUUGUUUCACACCCCUCCUUUGUCCCCCAAAUCCCACCGUGCUGCUCCAAACUUCACCUUUCUCUGGAUCCAGAUGUUCAGUCAUCAGUUCCUCCUCUGCUCUGAACACCGUGGCCAGCGUUUCUAUUCCAGAAUCUUCUCUACAAAAUAAACCUUCCAGAGCAGGGGAAAGAAUGGAUAUUGACAGAGCAGCUCUAGCUCAGAAGUUCUCUGUAACCCGGAGGCUGUUUGAGAUCAAGAUGAGGGAAGCUGGAGGCGGAAGAGGACACGUUUCAAAACCUUUGACUGGCAGGGGAAGCAAGGGGAUUGCAGAUGAGGAGGAUGGGAGAGGAGGAGACACCCAGGAGAAAGAGGAAGAGGGAAAUGGGAAAAAGAAGUAUGGCUUUGAUAAAGACAAACCUAUAAACCUACCUGUCAUAAAUAUUUCCUUAAUGAAGUCUCCUGCACAGGCCUCACUGAGAAGGCACCCUAAAUGUCCUGCAUGGGAUGGCUCUGCUGACCCAUCCGAUACAUUUCCCAUCUGUCUUGACAAACAUAGUCAAACCACAGGAGCACAGGCAAAAGGCACUAAUCCUGACCUCUGCUUGACUCCUGAGGAGCCAGUGAGAGCAGAACUUGUCGAAGUAAAGAACGAGUCAUCAGAGAGUGAUGAGAAUGAAGAGGAAAAGGAGCGGAGAGAAGACAAAAGCUGGCUUAAAGAUGAGGGGCGGACGAAUAUGAACGAAAAUGUAGGAGAAAUCAGUAUGGAGGCCAUGGUGGAUGAUGUUUUUCAGAAGUCCACCAUGGGAACAACACCGGAACCUUUUAUACUGGAAACCAGAGUGGAACUAAGAGCAGGAGAAGGUAAGCCAGUUGCUGCCUCAGAAGAACCCGGGAAGUCAUCUACCAGCACGCCAUGUAAAAGAGAGACAAAAGAUGACGGGGAAAGUGGGAGAGGCAAGUGUCAACAGGUGAAUGAACAAUGGGAGGGAGAGAGGGGAGAGCAGAUUAGGCAGUUCAUUGGACAGGCUGCGAAGAAGUCAACAGAAGAGGGGGACAACACAGAGAUAAAGACAGUAAGCAGUGGAAGGAAAGAGCAAGGCAUGGUGCAAGAGGAGAAUGUGGAUAGAGUUAAGGGUGGAGUAGAAGAAUGCACACAAGGUCAAGAAAGGGAAAGAACUGAAAAAGAAGGUACAUCAUCUGGGCUGCACACUGCUCACAGAGGAGGUAGUGAUGGAAAAGGUGAUGUAGGAGGUGAGCAAGACACUGGUUCAGGAGCUGCAGUAGUUUCUGGGACUGAGAACAAGGCUUUUGUGUAUGAUGAGAAAUGUCAGUCUCAUCCAGAGCAUCCACCAAGACAGGACUUGGAAAGCACAUUACAAAGAGGAAACCAGGGUUUAUUGGAAUAUAAGGAAAUUCCUGGUGUUCCUGUUCAGGAUGAUGAGGAUGCAUCACAAGUAGCAACGAGAAAGGUCAGAUUCUCAUCAGCACCAGUCAAGGUGUACAGCACCUAUUCUAAUGCAGAGUACGACAGACACAAUGAGGAUAUUGAUCCAGUAUCCGCCUCAGCCGAGUAUGAGUUGGAGAAGAGAGUGGACAGGAUGGACGUCUUUCCAGUGGAGAUAAAAAAGAGAGACGAUGGUUUGGGCAUCAGUAUCAUAGGAAUGGGUGUAGGGGCUGACCAGGGACUGGAAAAACUGGGAAUCUUUGUCAAGACAAUAACUGAACGAGGCGCAACGCAGAAGGAUGGAAGGAUUCAGGUGAAUGACCAGAUAUUGGAGGUGGAUGGGGUGAGUUUGGUUGGAGUAUCUCAGGUGUUUGCAGCCACAGUCCUCAAGAACACAUCAGGCCUUGUCAAGUUUCUGAUUGGCCGAGAGAAGGAGGGGGUGGAGAGUGAGGUGGCACGACUGAUCAAUGAAAGUCUGGAAAUGGAAAAAACAUCCAGAAAGAGAGGAAGAGGUGGUAGAGAUGAAGACAAUGAUAUUAGUACAAUGGAAAAAGGGUCAGUGACUGAAGAAGAGGAGGGAGAUGAAGAGGAGGACGUGUCUGCGCUUUCCUGUCUGGACAACUACCAGAUCUGCCUCAAAUACCUGCAGCUUCAGUCAAAACUACGAUGCAGAAUGGCCCAACUGCACCAGACUAAACAAAAGUUAAAAGCAUGGGAGGAGCAGCAGGUGUGUCUGGAGAGCCAGAAGGCUGAGUUGGCACAGAGAGCGGCAGAUGGAGAGGAGAAAGCUCACAAACUAGAAAAGUAUUGGCAAGAGGCCCAGACACUGUGCAGGGUUGUGAGCCAGAGGCUGGCUGAUGCCCAGAGUCAAUCAGAAAGCCUGGAGAUUAAAUACAACAAGGCCAAGAGACUGGUCAGGGAAUACCAGAGCAGAGAGGAGGAGAGGGAGAAAAGGGAAGCAGAUCUGAGGAAAGAAAUGGAGGAGAGGGAUAAGCAGCACAGAGAGACUGUUGAGAGGCUGCAAAGCCAGAUUGUGCAGCUAGAGACAAAAGAACCUGUAGCUGAGAGAAGGAACAACUCUGUGGUCUCUCCAGUGACAGACUGGUCUCUUCCAGUCCCCAGUACAGGACGGUUAGACUCCAGUGUUCACAUAGCUCGAGCUCAGCUGGCCCAGAAAUCUAAGCGCCACCCGCCCUCACGAGACAAACUCAAAGAGAGCUUUAGAAAACAGGAAGACCAUGUCCAGAAACCACAGUCGAGCCAAAUGUUGUCUGCUCCUGCGGUGGUACAAAGGAGCAGCACAAGUGACAUGUCCAGUACCACCUCUUUAUCCGCCCUCAGUCCUCGGCUUCCUAGCAGCUCCGUCUUCACCCCGCCCAUCUACAUCACUGACACCGUCACUCCCUCGCCAUGCAAAUCCUCCGCUUCCAGAAGAUCCAAAAGGAAAUUUCCCAACUUCAGUGGUCUUCGCAAGUCUCUCGGCAAAAGGAGAAGUGAGAGAAACAGUAGGCGGUCAAACAGCAACAGUGGGUCAUGUGGCGACAUGGUAGGCGAGCUAGAAGAUUCUCCAACAGGUUCAGUCACCUCCAUGCCCUCUUGCUUGCCCUUUCCCUGGUUUGGGGAGCGAGGGAGGGAGAAAGAAGAUGGGGAAAGAGGCAGGGGGAGGCUUCGGUCCGUGUCCAGCAGCAGUUUACCAUAUCUGACCACCGCAGGCAGAAGAGAUCGAAGUAUUGGCUCUCCAGUGGGCAGCUCCAGCAUGGUGGGUCAUGUUUCUGGGCACUCUCUCACUUUCUCCUUUUCCUCCACUGAGACAUUGGACGAUGACCCAGUUCCCACCAAUAACAAUCGGUGGCAAAGUCAGCCUGUCUCGGAGUGGAACAAUCAGCAGGUGUGUCUGUGGUUAAAGGCCAUAAACAUGGAUCAAUACGUGGCUGAGUUUGCUGCCAGAGGUGUGGAUGGGACACAGCUGCUCAACAUGAAUGGUGAGAAACUCAAGGCCCUGGGUGUGUGCAGUCCAAGUGACCGGUCUGCCCUCAAGAAGAAGCUGAAGGAGAUGAAAAGGGUGGAGAAAGAGAAGCUAAAAGAGGAAAAGGAGAAGAAUGUCGUUUUAGAUGAAGAGAAAGCAAGGAUGUCAGAGGAGACAUCUGUUACAGAUGAGGGGCGCAGUGGCAAACCUGUGAGAACUGAGUCACUGUUAUAAAGUAAACAAUGGAGUAAUGUCAGUGUGAGGAUGUGUUUAGUCGUCUUGAUGGUUCUCAUUUAGGAUACAGAAAAAUGGGUCUGGUUUUAAAUGACAGCUCUUCAGGGUAGAGUUGGUCUCCAACAGCAAUUAUGUUUGACAGAAUUUAACUUUUUCUUUCUUUUUUUAUCAUGAACUUUAAAUUGUCCCUAGAAUGUUUUAAUAAGCACCUAAGUAUUUACAGUGAAAACUUAAUAAAUUAUUAAUAAAUAAUGCUUUAAACCUCC